CGCGAGGUACAAAUUUGGCGCGGAAAUCUAUGAAGUGAAGUUUUUGGAAAAUGAGUAAGAAAUCCGAAGAAGAAGCGUCUCAAGCGGUGUUGGCGUAUCUUACCAAACAGAACCGACCUUAUAGUGCAAUUGAUAUUUUCUCGAAUCUGCACAAAGAGUAUGGAAAAACGGCAGUACAAAGGAGUUUAGAAAAACUUGCUAGUGAAGGCACUAUCACUGAGAAGAUUAAUGGGAAGCAGAAGGCAUAUGCACCUAAACAGGACCAGUUUGGAGACUAUGAUGAAAAUGAGAUCAAGAAAAUUGAUUCACAAAUCAGUGCAUGCUCAGAGAAAUUGAAGAAGUUACAAGAAACAUUGAAAACUCAAGAGUCAGAGCUGCGCAAUGUUAACAGUACACUUACAACCAAAGAUGCCAAGGCCAAACUAUCAGAGCUCACUCAAAAGUGUGACAAAUACCAGGAAAGACUCAAGAAUAUUAAGUCCACAACAAAGCAUGUUACUCCAGAGGAAAAAGAUAAGAUCUAUAAGGAUCACAAGCAGUAUGUCCAGAUGUGGAAAAAGAGGAAGCGAUUGGCAACAGACAUUUUAAAUGGCAUUUUGGAAGGCUAUCCCAAACCCAAGAAACAGCUUAUUGAGGACAUUGGUAUUGAAACAGAUGAAGAGUAUGGUGCUGUAAUCCCAGGCUGUUAAAGGCUUUUUUCUAUAUGUAUUAAAUGAUUUAUUUUCUGAUGGCAGUCCAGGUCAAUAUGAUGAAUAUAUUUAGUCAGUGCGUAGUUUCUUCCAAUGCUUUACCUCACCCAGUGGCUGAUCAUAUCAUUCAGGCAGAAUAAUAUCAUAUAAAAUCUACCGUUAUCAAGUAUAUGGUGCAGUAAUACUUAAAGAGUUAAGGAUGGUACCCCGUUUAUUAGUGAAAACAACCCAAUACAGAGAACAGAAACCUUGCACACAACACUCCUUUGUAAAUACCUUUUAAUAAUUAAUAGGCAUUGUUAUUAGUGUAAUUAUUAUUCAUAGAACCUUGAUAUCUUACAUUGUUGUAAAAUAUUUUAUUUUGUGAAUUGAUCCCUUUUCAAUAUGAUUAGUUCUUUCUUUUACUCCCAAAAUGUUGGAAUCAUCAUCUUGUGAAUGGAUAGGUAUGCAUACUGUGUAAUAAUGUGUAUACCUGUACCCCACAAUAAAGAAAGGAUUUAUGUUAAUUGUAUACCAAAAAAAAUUUUAAAAAUUCCAAUUUCCUUGCAAAUUUUCCAAAAAUAAAAUUAAUAAUGCCAUUUCAACACCACCUUUCACCUCUUAAAUAAUUUGUACCAACAAAGUACAGUUAACCUUUAACAUUGUAUUUUUAUUGUGGAAAAACUACUCUUGAAAGUAAAGGAAAUAAUGUCAGUGUUCAAAUUACAUCUGUCUGAUUA